AUGGAGACACCCGAGGGUCGUGGCUCCAGUCCGCUCUCCGAAGUGGCCAGCGAGGUUGCGGUCCAGGAAGACAGAGGGCCAUCCAGGAGACAGUCCGGGCUGAAUAAUAAUGAAGACGACGCGUCGAACGAUGAGGCUGAUCAGGCGCAAGAGCAGGAAGAAGGAGAAGGAGAAGGAGACGAUGAGGAAGAUGAAGAAGAAAGCGAGGAGAGUGAAGGAGAUGCCGAUGACGAGGAACUAAAGGCACGCAGAAAAACGAAGAAAAGGGCUGCUUCUGGCAAGAAACCGCAGAGCAGGAAAUCGAAGACGAAGCCGGCUGCAAAGAAGCAAAAGACCAUGAAUAGUAUAGAGCUCGCCCUGCGUCCCAUCACGAAUGGACAGAACCCGAAACCACCGAGCAGGAAAAAGAAACCUCGGAUGCGGCAAAGCGAACUUGGCGACGAGGAAGGACUAUACGCGGAGGUGUUUGGACGGGGUCAUACCACAGAAGCUGUUGCGGCGGAAUGGCUCUCAAAAUACGAAGAACAUAAUAUCAACGGAAUGCGAGACUUGAUUAAUUUCAUUCUGAGAUGCACUGGAACCGACAUAAAAGUCGAAAGCACUGAUAUCGAAGAUGUUGACAAUGUUGCCAACCGUCUCAAUGACAUACAGGAAGAGUAUCAGGCUCAAGAUAUUACCGACUACCCGCUCGUAUCGAAAGCGAAGAACUUCAAGUCUUUCCAGUCUGUCUUGACCAGUUUCUUCGAUGACCUCGUUCGGACAGUCCACAGCGCAUCAUUCCUUUACUCUGACCCAGCCUUGAUAGAGAAUAUCCAGGUGUGGAUCACCUCAAUGUCGUCUGCCCCGAUCAGACCGUUUCGACACACCGCAACCAUCGUCUCCCUUUCCAUCAUGACUGCUCUGUGCCAUAUCGCGCGAGAAGUUUCCUCUAGCGUGUCGAAUUCUCGAACGCAGCUGGAGGCAGAACGGAAGAAGAAGACAGCGAACAAGGGAAGAAUCAGCGUGUUACAGGCCAAGAUCAAGGAAGGACAGAAAAAGUUAGAAACCAUCGACGAGAUCCUUCGAGACUCCUUUGACACGGUAUUUGUCCAUCGAUAUAGAGAUGUCGAUCCUAAAAUUAGACAGGAGUGUAUGAGCCUCCUGGGUCUAUGGAUUAGCCUAUACAAGGACAUGUUCUUCGAUGGCCAAUAUCUGCGGUAUCUUGGCUGGGUUCUCUCAGACACAGUAGCCGCCACCAGAUCAGUGGUUAUCCAUCAGCUACACAAACUGUUCCAGAAUAAAGACAACAUCCCUGGACUGCGAGGUUUUACCGAACGAUUCCGUCCCAGAAUAGUGGAAAUGGCAGUUAGAGAUGCAGAGCCCGGAGUUCGUGCUGCUGCUGUGGAGCUGUUAGAUGUAAUCCGCGAGGCCGGCCUAUUAGAGCCCGACGAUAUUGACAGCAUAGGCAGGCUUGUAUUUGAUAUUGAACCUCGAGUGCGCAAGGCCGCCGGAAAGUUCUUUGUUGCAAACAUUGGUGACGUCUAUGAGUCGUCAAUCGAGAGUAUGGAGGAGGAGGUCAAUGAAUUCUUUGGCGAAGAAGAAAAAGAAGAGGAGGAGGAGGAGGAUGAUGAAAAUCACGAUACUCCAAACCGAUCCUGGAUCAAGUUCAAAUGCCUUGUCGACAUGUUGCAGGUCUAUGACACGCAAGAGUCUGAACUACACGAUGAAAGUGAACUGCCUACGUUUCGAUACUCCCUAUUCGGAAGUCCAAUAGGUUCAAGAUUUGUCCUGGCCACCGAAUCCAUCUAUCCUCACUUUAAGGAUUUUGAACACUGGGAAUCUCUGGCUGGAUACCUGCUCUAUGACCAUUCUCAGAUUUCAGAGCCCACAGAUGACAAUGAUACAACUGCUGCCAUAAAAUGUUUAUUCAAGUUGAGUGAAGGGCAAGAAACUAUACUCCUCGAGGUUCUGGAGUGCGCUGUCAAAUUGCACAUUCAAGAAGUCUCCAAAUCAGACAUAGAUAAGAAAGGGAGAAAGACAAAGCAGUCGGUACAGAUGAUGGACGAAAGGCUCGAAUCCAUUGCCCAUAACUUGUCACAAAUAAUACCGCGGCUUCUGAAUAAAUUCGGCGCCGUGCCAGAAGCUGCGUCCCCAGUUCUGAGGCUCGAACAUCUUGUCAAUCUUGAUCUCAUCCAAGAGAUACAAAAGGAUGCUGCUGCAUACUCUGAGCUUUUGAACAAUAUCAACCAACAAUUUUUGACUCAUUCUGAUCAAGAAGUCCUAGCUGAGGCUACUGUCGCAUUCCUACGUGCCCGAACAUCAGAUGAGCUGAAGGAUGCAAUGGACGGCAAGAUCCAAGAACUCUGGGAUGACACUAUUGAUUCCCUGGGCGAUGUUUUAGCGGAUAAAAAGGAGCCAGAAAGCUUGAGCUUGUCGAAGAGCGCCCUCUCCUCGCUCUCUGGCACUGCGAUGCGCAUUUCGAGCCUUGCUAGCAUAUCCGACUGCACUUUAACGUUGGAAACUGUGCCUCUAUCAACCACGAAGAAACGGAGCGGACGUGCAGAACCUCCUAUAGACUUACUUCUCUCGCUGGCGAAACGAAGCCUACGUGAAGAGGACAAGGAUGAGGAUGUGAAUAAGCUUGAAUGCGACAUAGCUCUGAACACGUUCAAGGCAUUGCUGGUUUACUUCAUGUGGAAAAUCCAAAACCUGACCGCGGCUGUCACCUCUGGCACCAACAGGGGUGCCUACAAUGCCGAAUACUUUGAGUCCCUUUCCCGGAGACGCGAAUCCUUCAUCGCAACACUUUGUGCUCUCAUGCAACCACACAGCUCUGGUAUAAAACAGGUUAAACUAGCUGCUACCAUGACACUUCUUGAUCUACAGACAGCCUUCGGCACGCUUCGUCAUGCAGGGCCUCCCGGGAGGAAUAUCAUGGCCAUGACUAAGAAUGAUUUAGCAUUCCAGGUACAAGAACUACCUCAGGAGAUAACCCCUGAGAUAUGUACUCUUCUUUCCCGCCUUCAUGAUACCGCUGAGCAGACGUUUGCCAAAAAGUCAAAGAGGAAGCUUGACCCGGUAGUAGACGAUGAGCCGGAGGAGAGUGAACCGGAUAUCCCACUCGAUUCAGACGAGGAGGAUGAUAGCGAUGCGGAUGAAAAUGAUGAAGAAGCCAGGCGUGCCAUGCUCCUCGCUGAGCAGAGAUUAUGUGAACUCACUGGCAAAUUGAUCCUAGCCAUCAUCGGCCGGGUGUUGGACGUUUCUGGUCCACAGGCAGGAAAACUACGACACAAGCUGCUCCGUAAUAAAUCCCGCCUGGGACAGAAUUACAAGGAGGUCCUUGCGUAUCUGGAAGACAGCCAAAGAGAAGGCCGUUCCCUGCGGAGACGGGUGGAAUCCAAGGGCAAAGAACCAGAGGACCACGGCGAUACUGGCGCAAACGGAGCCACAUCAAAUGCUCGCAAUGGAAAGAUCAAAUCUACGGAGCUGGUAGAAGAAGAUGAUGGUGAUGACGACGAGCACGAGGAAGAACAAGAAGAAGAGGAGGAGGAGGUGAUGGUCGGAGACGAGGAUGAUGAAGAAAAUUUACGGGCCCGAGGCCUGGCUGAGGAGGAAGACGACCCGCCGGAUGCCAGCGACGGCGACGAUGAACGGGAAGAGGCAUCUCCUACCCCAGACGAUGAUAUAAUGGGCGAUUGA